AUGGACCCUCCCACCGCCAUCAUUGUCGGUGCCGGCGUCGGCGGCAUCGCCAUUGCAGCCCGUCUCUCCAAAAAAGGCUACCGCGUGACAGUCGUCGAGAAAAACGCAGAAGUCGGCGGCCGAUGCUCCCUCCUCCACGACAACGGCUACCGCUUCGACCAAGGCCCCUCCCUCCUGCUAAUGCCCACCUUCUUCCACCAAAUCUUCCACGACCUCAACACCAGCAUGUCCGCCGAAGGCAUAACCCUCAAGAAAUGCACCCCCAACUACCGCAUCUGGUAUCCCGAUCUCUCCACCCUAGACCUCACAACCGACCUUACCACCAUGAAAUCCCAAAUCGAAUCCCACGAGGGUCCCCACGGAUUCGAAUCCUUCCUUCACUUCUUGCUCGAAUCAGGCCAUCACCACACACUCUCCUGCGAACACGUCCUACACAGAAACUUCCCCAGCCUCUGGAGUAUGCUCAGACUAGAUCUCCUCCUCGCUUUACCAUCACUCCACCCAUUCGAAAGCAUCUACUCCCGAGCGAGCAAAUACUUCCACUCCGAGAAACUCCGCCAAGCGUUCACUUUCGCGAGUAUGUAUCUAGGAAUGAGUCCGUUUGAUGCCCCGGGCACGUACUCCCUGUUACAAUACUCGGAAUUGGUCGAUGGGAUUUGGUAUCCGGUUGGGGGGUUUCGAACGAUUCUGGAUGCUUUAAUGAGAAUAAGUAUGCGGUAUAACACAACCUACCUAAUGAAUACGACAGUAUCAUCCAUCGAACUCACCCCAGACCAAAGAACUGCUACCGGAGUGCGUCUCGCCGAUAAUACCCUCCUGACCGGCGACAUCGUGAUAGUGAAUGCGGAUCUAACAUAUGCAUAUAACAAUCUUCUUCCAAAAACAUCCUACGGGAGAUCCUUGACGAAGAGAGAAACAUCCUGCAGUGCGAUAUCCUUCUUCUGGAGUCUGGAUACGACCGUUCCAACCCUCCAAGCACAUAACGUCUUCCUAGCAACGGAAUACAAAAUAAGUUUCGAUGCCAUCUUCAAAAGGAAUGAAGUACCUGAAGAACCAUCAUUCUACAUCCACAUACCUAGUAAAAUUGACUCUUCUGCUGCGCCGGAGGGGAGGGAUGCAAUGGUCGUAUUAGUUCCGGUGGGACAUUUACCUUCCUCUUCAUCCUUGGGAAUAUCUGCACAGGAGAAAGAGAAAGACCACCAACAAGCCCAAGACCAAAAAUGGAAUCCUCUGAUGAACCAAAUUCGAACCAAAAUCCAUUCCAGAAUACUCUCAUCAACGGGAAUAAAUCUGACGAACCACAUCAUCCACGAAAAAAUCGAAACCCCACUCACCUGGCAAACAAAAUACAAUCUCGACAGUGGAGCUAUACUCGGUCUUUCGCAUUCAUUUCUAAAUGUAUUAUGUUUUCGACCCCGGAUUCAACAUCAGCAUAUACAAGGACUGUUCUUUGUAGGUGCAAGUACACAUCCUGGGAGUGGAGUACCGGUUGUUCUUUCUGGGAGUGGGAUUACAUGUUCUCUUGUUGAGGGGGAAAUGGCAAAGAAGAGGAAGGGUAGGGGGAAGAUGAUGAGGUAUGGCUUGGUGGUCGUGAUGUUAUUAGUGUUAUUGUUAGUGCCAGUGGUAGUGUUGGUCAUGAGUAGAUCAGAGGGGUUGUUUGGUGUAGAUGAGUUGUGAAUGUGAUGUAUACUACUUUUAAAGGGAG